AUUGGUUCGUCGAAAAAGCUGCGUUGUAGCCGUUGUAGCCAUGCUCUAGUCUCUAGUGCAGCUGACUCCUUUUUGUAACCUUGUCAACCUGCUGUCACGAUAAAUGCAGAAAUGGACGAUUUAUCUCUACAGGUUGAUGAAAUUGAGGCACUCGUCGCCAUAUACGACAAAGAAUGGCAGACUACUGACGAAGAGAACAGAGCAUACUGUAUCAACAUUAGAAAUGGAGACAGUAUGGUGAGGCUCUAUAUAAAGUUGCCUAGUAAUUACCCAUCCUCCGUUUCACCAACUUACGAAAUCUCUGCUCCACACCUCAGUGAGUCUCAAAAGAAUCACAUUCAUCGCCUCUUGGACGAGGUAUGCUUAACAAAUCUCGGGCAAAAUGUAAUAUUUCAACUGGUUGAAAAAGUUCGAGAAGUUUUGCAGUUUAAUUUCCAAGGCUCAGCUUGGUCGGAGCUUGAAAGCUGGCCAGAAUCUGAAGAAAUCAACAUAGUUGAACCAGAAAAAAUGAGACCGAAUAAUGCGGAAUAUCAAUGUCCAGAUAUUCUACACGGAGGUGUUAUUAUGGACAGAAAAAGUUCUUUUCAAGGACAUGCAGCAAUUGUUCACUCAGUAAAACAAGUCGAACAGGUAAUACACAAACUACUUGAAGCUAAGAAAAUACAACAAGCGACGCAUAACGUGUAUGCCUACAGAAUUUAUCGACAGGAUGUAAAUUGUUUUCUUCAGGACUGUGAGGAUGACGGGGAAACACAAGCCGGAAGUAGACUACUGCAUUUGCUACAGGUCAUGGGUGUAAAAGAUGUGGUCGUUAUCGUGUCACGGUGGUACGGUGGCAUACAACUUGGACCAGAUCGCUUUCGCCACAUCAAUAAUGCUGCCAGGCAAGUUCUUGCGACUGGCAAUUUAAUACCAGACAAAGCUAGAAAGAAAGCGUAGCAGGCAUAUGUUUUUUCAUUGAGUAUUACAUCCAUGUUGUACAUGUUAUAAGAAUAAUACUUACAGUUGAUAUUAUUUCCUGCAAAUAUGUAAAUAGAUAUCCAUACUCAUAAUAUACGUCUUGAACUUACACAGCAUUCCUAUAUUUUUUUAUUGAUUAAUCGUCCUGCUCAUAUUCAACGACAAUUUUAACCAUGUUUCAACGACUUGUGAAGUAAUAAUGAUCAAUGAAACUGUCAUUUUGAACUAUCUUUGUGGACAUUUUUCUUGAGAAUCAAGCAAUGGAUGACAGAACAUUUGAAAAUUAUAAGGCUGAAUUAUAGUAGCCUGUGAUACCCUGACUACUACCAGAUUGCUUGAAUUAAAAAAAAAAUUGAUAACUUAUGUGAUGUUUUCAAGGUUUAAUUAUUUAUAUUGGUACGCAACCUUUUAGGGAAAAAACCCUGUUGCACAUCGUGGAUUGUGCGGUAUGGUUUGAAACGUUGACGAAAAAGUACAUCAAAGAUGGUCACUUUUUAAUAAACCUGUGUGAAACUGUAGUGACAGUCCAUAUAAAAUUCCUUUAUUCCAUUUUACCUAUCAUAGACAAGCCUCUAAGGUUCAAUCUUGGGUUUAAUUCUUCCGUCAAUGGCAUACGAACACUGAAAGUGAUUUUCCCUAUUCGAAUCUAACAUGUUUUUUAUUCUUAUUCUCUUCGUCACUGUAGUUACUCAAUUCCAAUCCUUUUUCAAUACAGGUUACCCAAUUAUGUGCAACAAUUUAGAAGAAAAAUCUAAUUACUGCGGUCCUUAUACGUUGAACGAUGUUACGUCGAUCAAACAAGUACAUGUUUAUCUAACAAUAUUGAAUUUCAUCUUCUUAGUCUUUACUGAGUGUCUAAAACUCAAAAAAAACCUGGAAAUAGAAAAUGCACAUAGGGAAUUUGAAAUAUCUAGAAAAUUCCGAAAAUUUUGUGUGAUUUCUAAAAUUUCAAUAUAUUUUCAUUGACUGAUAUAGUGAAUUACUAUCUCUUGUUUUAUGAAUAAUAUGCAAUCGAUAUGUUUCUUCCAAUGGAAGCAUUCUUUCAUCUCGCAGCUACCGCAGAUCUGCUUUUCUAACUGAAGUCUAGUUUUCUAUGAUACAGAUUUUGUUUUAAUUGAACAGUAGAUGAGAUAUUUCACUUGGUGCAAUAGCAUUCGGUCAUCAGAGAAUUUCAUACUUCGUGUAACCAAUUUCAUUCUUAUGCCCAAAACCUUAAUUAUAAUUUUUGAAAUUUGAUCGAAGAUAUCCACCAAUUUAUUAUGUAAAUUUAAAAUACUUUAAAUUUAUUUAGAUUAAAACCUGUUUAAUUAUCUAUAAUCUGUGAUGAAAUAAUUUUAGUUUGCCCAGGACUACGCAAAUGAAAUUAGCUUGUAUAUGGAUGAUUUUGUUUAUACAAAAGAGGUUCAUCAGAGCCCAUCGUUAAAAAUGUUAGUCUCAUUCGCUGAGAAGGAGUUCCACAGAGAAUUCUCCAAGCCACCAACAUACGCCGUUUAUGCACCGGGCUGUGUUAAUUUAUGUGGCGAAAGCGAAGAUUUUAACGAUGGAAAAAUUCUAUCUAUGGUACGAAAUGCUGUAUUUGUAAAGUAACUUUCAUAUAAAAUUAUCUUAUUUUACACAAUCAGAA